AUGAGCACAGUCGAGAAACAGGAGCCUUUGAAGGUCGCGCUGGUCGGUGCGGGUGUGGUGGGACUGACAUGUGCACUAGCAUUGCUCCAGAAAGGUGUCUCGGUUGAGAUAUUUGAAGCCGCGGCUCGUUUUGGGGAGAUCGGUGCUGGCAUAGGCAUCGGUCCCAAUGCAGCCCGCAUUCUUCAGCGCCUCGGUGUCCUUGAUGAGCUCUGUGCUCAGUGCAAAGAGCCAGGAUUAACUAUGAGGGAAUUCAUGUUCUAUUCUGCUGAAGGCGAACACGAGCUCCUGUUCGAGUAUCCGGUCACCGAAGGCGCGCGGGGCAAUGGCAUCGGUGCCUAUCGACCAGCGUUUCUAGACACACUCGUCAAACACCUACCUCCCAGUACUACGCAUUUCCAUAAACGUUGCACCUCCGUUGAGCCAUCUACGACCAAAACCGGUCGAAGUGUUCUCAACUUCGCCGAUGGAACCUCAUUCGAGGCCGACGUAGUUAUCGGAGCCGAUGGCAUCAAGAGCUCAGUUCGCUCAAUGGUAGCCGACAACGCGAAGUCCCUGCCGGUCUUCAGCAACACAAUCUGCUUCCGUGGAUUGAUCCCAAUGAAGGAGGCCCGGGCUGCCGGGUUUACCAUCGAAUUCCACGGCCGUCCCCUUUGCUUUGGAAGUAAAGAUAGGCACCUCAUCGUCUUCGGUAUCAACGGCGAUGAAAUAAUCAAUGUCGUCGCAUUUGCGGCUGACUACACAAAGCCGAUCGGAUCCGUUUCUCUAUCGCCCGACGAGCCGUGGGUGAAGUCUGUGCCCCAGGAAGAGAUGUUCCAGGUUUUCGAGGGGUGCGGCCCGCAGGUCAUGGGGCUCCUCGAGUGCAUCAAGGAGCCAAGCAAGUGGUCAAUCCACGUCGUUCAUCCGCACCUUGAGAGCUUCGUGAAGGGACGCGUCGCCUUGAUAGGAGAUGCGGCUCAUGGAAUGUUGCCUCACCUGGGCUCCGGUGCAGGUCAAGGCCUCGAAGACGCUUACGUCCUAGCCGGUCUGCUUGGGCACCCGCAGACAAACGCAGGCAAUGUAGAGGUCGUUCUCAAAGCUUAUGAUCGCUGGGUCCGCCCUCGUGCUCGAAUGGUCUGGGACGCAACGUUCAGAGCGGGAAAGAUAUAUGACGGCUGGGGAGACCAUGGAGUCAGCGCAGAGGGUAUAGCACAGGACAUCGGUACCCAGUGGGCACCGGUGUGGUUCCACGACGUCGAUGAUGACAUUCGUGCCGCCGUAGACGAGCUCAAGUUGGAAGACGCCUUUGUCUCGGUGUAG